AUGUUUGAUGGGGAUCACCAAGGGAAGCAUGAACUGUGGAUCAAGUGUGAAGCGGCUUCUCGCUCAAACGGUGUUCUGGCAGGCUGGAAGGUAAUUUCAGGGACUGGAUACGAUUCGCCAGUUGUCGCUGGUAGAGCCUUGGACGGUAUCUCAUUGGUGAAUUUCAACAAAGAAUUAUGUGGUAUUUUCCGAGAAUUGAAUGGCGUAUUUUAUUGGACUAAAUACGACGACCGAGACAAAAAAUGGUCAUCACCUUACCCUAUUUUACUUGGUCUGAUUACUUCUGAGUCUCGCCCUGCUAUUGCCACACUUGGCGAUCGCGUGUUUUGCUUGUACCGCGGCUACAAUGAUAAAUUAUAUUGCAUCUCUACUCGAGAUGGGAUCGCUUGGACCCUUCCAACUCUCGCAGCAGGAUUGGGAGGCGCAACUAGCGAUGGCCCAGUUCUUUGUGGACACAACGACCGCCUUGUUGCCGUGCAUCGAGGAGCGCAUAAUCUUCUUUAUUAUAACGACUCUACCGAUGGUGUAACUUGGACAGAUCCAGCAAGGUUCCAUUCCUCAACUACAACAGAUAAAUCACCAGCUUUAUUUGUCUACAAUGGGUAUUUACACUGUUUUAUACGCAAUGCCUCCUCUGGAUCACUCUGUGUCUCCCGGUAUAAUAUUAAUUCAUGGACUGAUUUUCAGGAUCUUGGAAGCAAAAUAUACUCUGCUUCUCAAGCGGGGUUGUCAUCAGACGGUACUAUGAUCGUGAGUUACACAUCGUUAGUCGGUUUUGUCAUCAACUUCAAAGAGUGCGACGCAAAUGGCAACUGGUCUGAUGCUUCGUGGUGGAAAAACAUUAAAAUUACUGGUUCGCCGGGUAUGGCUAAUUGGGAUGGAGCCCUUUGGGUAUAUGCUGGCAUGACACAAUUUUAA